UACGACGCCCACCAGAGCGGACACAGCGGCCUCUCUGCGCUGUUUUGUUCGCAACUCUUGGGCAAAUCUGGGCUCUGGGGCGGCGAUCAAGAGCUCGACUUGAGACUGGUUCAGGAAGUGGAGCUGAGGUUUCGCUGGGCAGGGAAGAGAAGAGGGGAGCGAGCAGGGGCGCGGCUCUUGUGAGGAUUACGGCAGAGGCUGUGGACCGCCGAGCCGCUCGCAGAGGCUGCAGCCAUUGCACAGCAGAGCAUCCCACAUUCAACAGGAGGAACCCGCCGGAGAGGAGACCCGAGCUCCCAGCACCGCACCGCCGCAGCCCGUGCGCCCCGCGCCCCCGCGCACCAUGGCCAAAGAAGGUGUAGAGAAGGCGGAAGAGACGGAGCAAAUGAUCGAGAAGGAGGCAGGCAAGGACCCGGCGGAGGGCGGCGGCGGCUCGCACCGACUCGGGGACGCACAGGAGAUGCGCGCCGUGGUGCUGGCGGGCUUCGGGGGGCUCAACAAACUGCGGGUCACCAGGAAGGCCAUGCCCGAGCCACAGGACGGCGAGCUCAAGAUUCGCGUCAAAGCCUGUGGUUUAAACUUCAUUGACUUAAUGGUGCGACAAGGGAAUAUCGACAACCCUCCCAAGACUCCCCUGGUGCCAGGUUUUGAAUGUUCUGGGAUUGUCGAAGCUCUGGGAGACAGCGUGAAAGGAUACGAGAUCGGGGACCGUGUCAUGGCAUUUGUCAAUUAUAAUGCCUGGGCAGAGGUGGUCUGCACGCCCGUGGAGUUUGUCUACAAAAUCCCAGAUGACAUGAGCUUCUCCGAGGCUGCUGCGUUCCCCACGAACUUCGUCACAGCCUACAUGAUGCUCUUUGAAGUUGCCAACCUCCGGGAAGGGAUGUCUGUGCUCGUGCACUCGGCUGGAGGUGGCGUGGGCCAAGCUGUGGCUCAGCUGUGUUCCACUGUCCCCAAUGUGACUGUCUUUGGAACAGCUUCUACUUUCAAGCACGAAGCCAUUAAAGACUCUGUGACCCACCUCUUCGACAGAAAUGCAGACUAUGUGCAGGAAGUGAAAAGAAUCUCUGCUGAAGGAGUGGACAUUGUUUUGGAUUGCCUCUGUGGGGACAACACAGGGAAAGGCCUCAGCCUUCUCAAACCCCUGGGAACCUACAUUUUAUAUGGUUCAUCCAACAUGGUGACUGGAGAGACCAAGAGCUUCUUUAGCUUUGCAAAAUCAUGGUGGCAGGUUGAGAAAGUGAACCCCAUCAAGCUAUACGAAGAGAACAAAGUCAUCGCGGGGUUUUCCCUUUUAAAUCUGCUCUUCAAACAGGGCCGCGCUGGCCACAUUCGAGGAGUGGUGGACAAACUCAUAGGGCUCUACAACCAGAAGAAGAUCAAGCCCGUUGUGGAUUCCCUGUGGGCCCUGGAGGAGGUGAAGGAGGCUAUGCAGCGGAUCCACGACCGAGGGAACAUUGGCAAGUUAAUUCUGGAUGUAGAGAAGACCCCAACUCCACUGAUGGCCAACGACAGCACAGAGACCAGCGAGGCGGGAGAAGAGGAGGAAGACCACGAGGGGGAUGGUGAGAACAAGGAGCGGAUGCCCUUCAUCCAGUAACCAGGACCCAGGCAGAAGAAGGAAGGACGGUUUGGAAGAAGAGAAGCCAGCUGAGAAAGCUCUUCUGUGCCCCAGUGAACAAAUGCUGUAGUCCAGUGUAUCGUGUUUGUCUGCAGUCAGCUGAGCUAUAAAGCUGUUGAUCACUGUUGUGUUUUGAAAUUAAGUGCCAACCCCCUCCAUAUAGUAUUAUGUCCCUCCCCCAUCUGUGUGUGACACUCUCCCUUCUCCCCUGUUUCAAAACCGUUCAUCUUUGGGUCCUUCUGGAUGGUUCUAGAACAGCCUUGCAAAUUAAUACAAGCCCCCAGGCCCUAUGCCUAAGAGACCAGAUGUGGGCAAAGACAAGUUUGGAUCGAAAGGUAUUGUCACAGAGCGCGACCCACAUCCUAGAAUUUUUCAGGCCAGUGACACUUUUCACUGCCAGCCACCCAUGCUUCUGAUGAGAGCUUUUGCCGAUUUGGCUGGCAGAAAGAGGGUAGGCCAGGAGAUGUUUCCAUGAGCCCGUAAACUUAAGACCUCUCCAAAUAAUACUUUCCCUCUCCCCUUUUAAGAGGCAACAACUUCCUUACAUCCAUUCAGUUGUUCCAUGGUCCAAAGUUUGACCUACUUGCCUCUUACCCUUUGAUGCUUGAUCCCUUCACUGGUUCUUAGCCAUAGACACAUGGAACAGAUAUGAAUUUUUCAGGAUAAAGGAUGGGUCAACAGCAUGAGGCUGAGGACCAGCCAUGGAGAUUUCGCCUCUGAAACCACAUCUCACAAGCAAAAUCCUCUCCCCCUACCCCGAUAUCCGCCGUAUAUAUUUCAUUUUAAUUCUAAGAAAAUUCACCACGUGUGGGACUAUUUCAGAAGUCAUUACUGAGACUCGCCUAUGUUUGCACACUUGCCAUUGGCUUUACCAAUUUUACUAUAUUCCUUUCCUAGUAGUGAGCAGCCACCUGUGCUGUGGAUCCCCCAAGGAAGACCGCUCUGUAGACCAUAUUUGGAAAAAAAUCAAUCAGUAUCUCGUUACUUGCCAAGGCACGUUCUACCAUGUGACAAAUUCUAGUGAUACGAAGGUUGACGCUCAGUAUCAGAUGCCAAACGUGCAGUUCCUCUCCUCUGAAAUAUGAAAUUAUGGUGCCUACUCUUUGCAGGACCCCUCGUUUGGGGAAUGGGGACCAAACUACUUGACUGUACACGCUUGUCCCAUUUUCCAGCUCCUAAACUUCUAAGAAAACCCAUCCUCAACCCCACCCGACUUUACAUGGCUUGAGGUGAACAGUUCGCCUGCAGGAAGAGAAAGAGGCUCCAUGUCUCCACCAAGGGGUGCCUCGUUCCCUCCUCCUAGUUCUUUUGGCCCAAAAUGCUGACUCUAUCACUCACACACCAUGCUGGAGACCCAAGAAGCCCAGGUGAUUAGCGCCCCCAACUCAUUUUCCCUCCUGGAAGACGCUGGAGGGUUCCCACACUGCCCGAUCUCGCCAGCAAUGAGCCUUGGGGUAGAUCCAACUCUUCCCCCAAAGUGAUGGGAAUGAACGCAUUUCAGCCAGUACCUGUUUUAUGUCCAAAGUCCUUUUAUAACAAAUGUCACCUCAUUAAUCAUGUUCUGUUUUUCCUAUCCUAAGCUUGUGAUGAUGACUUAUUUAUGCCAAAUAUUUAUCUGAAGGGAGUUUCUCCUCAUUGUGACUGUACGUGUGAAAAAUGAAGCCGAGAAAGGGUGCUGCCAUCUGACGUGCAGAGAGAUGAGUGUCUCAGAGAGGACAGGAUCCUCUUCUCUUCCUACCCCAGGACUCACCAAUAUUCCAGUUCUGGGCCAUUUAGAGAGAUAAUGUUGAUGUUUUCUCCCCCAAAUACCUUUGCCAAAUGUUGUAUUGUUAGUCAUGUUUCUCCCAUAACCUAGCUGACAGUGGGGGUCUUAAGAAGAGCCGCAACCCAAGUGAUACCCCUGGUGAGCUGGACAGGAAUGGCAUUUUCCAGGGCUGGGGAAACAAAGAGCCACUGGCCAUAUCAGUGCUCUCUGCUGCCAGGUGAGAGGGAACUCUAGAUUCAGAAUCCAGACGGCCUUUGUUAUAUCCAGAGGAGAAACAUAAAAAGUCACUCCUCCCCAAAUCUGUUUUUACAACUAGCAAGGUUAAUAUAAUAAUCACAAAAAAUACCAGUCGGUUAUAGAAAACCCUUUAUCGUAUCCUCAGAAUACAGAAUGAGAAGAAACAACUAGAGUUUGACCAAGAGAGUCUGAUCGAUUUAUGCCACGAAGAAUAAAAACUACAUCUAUAUAUAUAUCAAAAUUAACCAAUUAGGGCACUGUCAUUUUAAGCACCUUCUUUCCCAUCACGUGAUUGUUUUUCUGAAGGAAGGGUAAAGAAUGUCUCAGUUUGCCUUAAAGGAACUGUGAAGGCUUCUCUGUAAUUUAAGCUUGAUUGGAGUGAACUGAAACAUUGUCUAAUGUAUUUGUGGCUUUAGAGCUUUUGUUAUAUUGUGCCUACAAAGCAAAUUAUGUUUACAUAAAAAUAUAAAUAAAGUAUUCAGCAUAGCAUA